UUCCUUUCUCUUCCCUAGAAAUUGGCAGCUGAAUGCCAGAGUGCCGGCUAUCCGGGGACCCUUAUCCCGUACAAGUGCGAUCUCUCCAACGAAGAGGAGAUCCUGUCGAUGUUCUCCGCCAUCAAGACCCUUCAUCAAGGAGUUGACGUCUGCAUCAACAACGCGGGGCUGGCUCGCCCGGAGCCCCUGCUCUCGGGGAAGACGGAAGGCUGGCGGACGAUGAUAGACGUCAAUGUGAUGGCUGUGAGCAUCUGCACCCGAGAGGCCUACCAGUCCAUGAAAGAGAGGAGCAUCGAUGAUGGGCAUAUUAUUAACAUUAACAGCAUGAACGGCCACAGCGUCGUGCCACAGUCGGUGGUGCAUUUUUACAGUGCCACCAAGUACGCAGUUACAGCCCUCACGGAGGGGCUGAGGCAAGAACUCAGAGAAGCAAAGACUCACAUACGAGCUACAUGUAUAUCUCCAGGACUGGUGGAAACGGGAUUUGCUUUUAAACUUCAUGAUAAUGACCCUGAGAGAGCUGCUGCAACCUAUGAGAGCAUUCGGUGUCUCAAAGCUGAAGAUAUGGCUAAUGCUGUCAUAUAUGUCCUCAGUGCCCCACCUCAUGUACAGAUUGGAGAUAUACAGAUGAGGCCCACGGAGCAGAUAUCAUAGCAAAUGAAGAGGACUGUGAGCAGCACCAUGUAUCCACUCCACUUCGAACCCUCUGGCAAUUUAGGGUAUCGUUGGCUGGCUAGCAACGUUUUAGUCAAGUACCAAGGAUCGUGUUUGAAGAAUUCUUUUUCUCUCCCUCUCUCUGAGCUGGUGCUGGUGCUGAGCCAGUUUAAAAAGAAAUAGUAGUGGGUCUCUUUCUCCCCCACUCCUUUCCGAAACUGCUUAAGAGUAAAAUGUAUUUGAAAAUAAUGCAGGGAAGUGGUUUGUGGAAGAUUGUUGUCUCCAGACUGGUUUGUUCUUCCUUCUGCUUUCUUUUCAAGGUUUGUUUGAUCUUAUUUGCUGAUGCUGUGUAUGGAUAUAGGUGAAGAGGCACAAGAUGUUUGCCAGCUUCCGUGUGCUUAGGGUUUGAGAUUUUCAGUGGAUGUCGUACAUGAAUCCAUCUAAGUUUUGGGUUUAUUUUCAUCAGGUUGAUUAUUGAUGGUAAUGAUGCAUGUGGUAUUUUCUACUUCUUUUCUACUCCACUGCCCUAAACCCGGUGUACGAUCUCACUCACCUCUGCAGACCCUCCUUUCCCAUUCACAUGAAUCAUGCCUGCCAAGUUUGAGGAAGUAUAAAUGUGUGUGCUUGCUAUUUCUCUUUCUUUCUAGGUAGGUAGGUAAAUAGUUGAAGGAAAAGUACCUGUACUUCUGCAGGUUAGAAUGAUCAUCUAAGUGGCGUAGUUACAGUAAGAGUGAGUUGUUUGGUAUUUUUAAUAAAAACUAAACGUGUGCUGUCUUGUGAUCACCUCUAUCCUUGGUAUCAUAUCCCAGCACCUUUGAUGUUUUUAUAUGUGAUAUUUGCAUGCAUUGACACUUUUCUGGAAAUAUUGAUCGGUCUUAGAAAGAUGUAUGGUGCUGUUUAAAUGCUGGUGCUGAUAAGUUGGAAAUGUUGAAAGUUUGUUUAUAUGCAGAGGUACAAACUCGGAGAGAGAGAGAGAGAGUGAAAUGAACCAUGCCGAAGCUGUCCAAAAUGAAAAGAUAUUAGUAGGGGCACUUGCCUGCGAAGCAGCAGGUAAAAGGUCUGGUUCAGAUCUUGUACUAGUUCUCCGCUGGUGCAGCCCCAUUGUUUUGCUCUGGGUUUAUUCUAAGUUGAGGGAGAAGAGAAUCAACCUGAAAGCUGAUGCAUGCAGAGCUGCAGACCACUUGUGUUGUCUGAAGACUCGUGCAGUGUGGCAGAAACCUGUCUGUGUGGAGUCCAACUUGCUGCAGAGCUAUGGAGCUGUUAACAUAUAUGUUGCCUUAAGAUUGCAG